UGUGUGUCCAGCUGUCAGUAAAACCCAGAAAUGCAGAACUUCAUUUGCUCAGCAUAGAAAAUAAUCAGUGACGUAAAGUUGCUGAAUCUUUGCUUUUGACUUUGGUUUCCUUGUGCGACUGUAACACGACCCCGAGCGUCUCUUCAGUUUGCGUUUAACUCAUCGUGGUUGGUUUUAUUCUCCCGUCUUUUCUCUCAGGAUUUACCCAUCAUGCUCCACCAUUGUUUCUUCACUAUUGGAGCCCUGGUUUCAUUGGCAAUAUCCGGGCUAAUCGCUAUGGAGACCUGUCCAGCUACAGGGAUGCCCGGAAUGCCAGGUAUUCCUGGGCUUCCUGGAAGAGAUGGUCGUGAUGGACAAAAAGGAGAGAAAGGAGAUCCAGGAACAAAGUUGCAAGGUGGUCUCGGGCCUCAGAAAGGAGAGAAGGGGGAGCCUGGCCCAAAGGGGCCCCCUGGUAAAAGAGGUCAGAUUGGGGAGUCUGGGAAGCCAGGUACCCCAGGAACUGCUGGACCUCCGGGAGAACCAGGAGAACAAGGGGCUGUUGUAGUCCAGCAGCAGGCGGCCUUCAGUGUGGCCAGAGCGACAAACCAAUACCCGGAUAAAGCCAGCGUCAUUAAGUUCACCGAUGCAAUCACCAACAUCAACGAUGACUACAACACAAACACAGGACGCUUCAGGUGUCGGGUCCCGGGAACGUACUACUUUGUGUACCAUGCCUCGUUAGAUGAAAAACUGUGUGUGUUGCUGAAGCGUGACAACAUGCUGCUGGCAUCGUUCUGCGAUCAUCGGCAGGCGGGGAGACAGGUGACUUCUGGUGGCCUGGCGGUGUACGUGUCAAAAGAUCAAGAGGUUUGGUUGGAGACUAAAGACUACAGAGCGAUGAGAGGGACACGAAACGGAUACAGCAUCUUCUCUGGCUUCUUGCUUCACUCUCACUGACCACCCCCAGGAAACAGAAAACAGCUUGACAGCUGAACGACUGAAACAACAUGAAAACAUUUUCUUACUGUUUCUUCACAAUGAUCAUUUACCUUUGUAAAAGGCACAGAAUGUUUAUUUUUCAUUUUCAUUUUUAUUCAACGGCCAACAUGCACCAUUUUAUUCUCUUUCUGCUGAAUCAGCUCUGAGUUCCUAUCAGUUGAAAAGCUGACACUUCAAAUGGAGAAGAUGUUUGUGUCUGUAACUGACGGUCGAUGGUUCUGUCUAAAAUUUGAAGUUUCUCUUGUUCAGUUUCAUAAAGUUGGUUUCAUACUGCAGACUCAGUUGAUAUUAAUGGGUGUGAUUUUUAAAUGUAUUUCCAAACACAGUUUGAUUUUUCUAAUUUCCAUCAUUAUCUCGAGUUCACAUUUAAGCACAGAAUGUCCCAUCAGCUCCGUGCCUCGCUGUCACAUAGUUUAAACAAACAAACCAAAUAAAGAGCUUCAACCAA